AACAUGGGUAGAGAGAGAGAGAAACAGGAACAGAAAGUGAAGACUUGUCAAGAUGUCUGGGUGAGGGGGACCAGAACAGAACAGAAAAGAACACAGCAGAAGCCAGAUGCCAAACCGAAAACUACAAAAGUUGACUGGAUUAGACAGGAGGGGUGACCUGACCUGCUGCCACAGAAGCGCCUGCCGGCCACAACAAUUCAACAGUGUGACAAAACCAAACGGAAAGCUAAAGGGCAAGAGGACUUGAGAAAACAAUUACGGGAAUGUUGACCUGCAUAAACAAAGUCAGCUUAAGAUUUUUUGUUUUUUUUGUCCAGAUCAAAUCACACCAACAAGGCGAUUUCAAGGAAAACGCUCCCACAAACAAGCAGUGUUGGUCUUUUUAAUAGCCAAAGGGACACUUUGUAACAGCCAGCAUCCAUAAGGUGGACUUCCACAGAGUCACAUGAAAAGCACAAGCAUGAACACGUGCAUCAUAUAGAGCUGUGCCUCGGGUAACUAUCUCAUCUGGGAUCUUCAUGAAGAAUGAGAAGCAUGGGAAGUUCAUUGUCAAGUCACUGAAAGUCUCUGUCCUGACAGCUGAUGGAUUGACUUGUGCUCGGAGAGAUAAAUGAGAUAUCAAUCAGCUUUUAAAGUUAAAGCAACUCACUCAGAUUAACAACUUCCUUCUGUUAUCUCUCUAAAACUUUCAUUGAAACAAUUUGGCAGUCCAAGACGAGUAAACCCAGCUCCGCAGGCCAAACGCUAUGGAGGGGAAUUUUCAGAGUGCCAAGGACUUUUUUGACUGGCUUUGGAGCUUCGUUGUGGACAAACACAACCAGGGGGUCCACAACACCAUCUGCCUGGUCGUCUUGCUGACUCUUCCUCUGCUCAUCUUCCUCACCGCCGCGAUGGUGUGCUGCCACUGCUGCUGCUGUCGCCAUGAGAACAGCUGCUGUUGUUGUCGUGGAGGCUCCUCGGGGUCAGCAAUGAAAAAGAAAAAGAGCUCAACCAACAACGAGGACUUGUGGAUAUCUGUAAAGCCUAUGACACCUGACCGGGUCGCUAUGGGCAUGGUGUGAGGGUCAGCUCUGUGUUUUAAACUCCCUGAUCCUGGGCCAGUUCAAGUAGUGCUGCUGGUCAGUAGCUGUAAAGAUGUAAAACUCAAAGUGUUUAUUGGGAUAAAGGAAUAAGGAUAUUGUUCAAAUCAAAGGACAUCACAUGGUAGCGGGCACGGAUGUGGCUGAGACAACUUUAGUUUUGUAUAUAAAUAAUUGUCACUCUGUAUUCACGUGAUGCUGUGUCUGCUGGUUUUAUGACAGUGUUUACAUUUUUAUGAGCUGUUUUUGUUUUUUAGCUUUUCUUAAUGUGUGGUACGUGUACAUAUUUCCUAUUUUCGCCACCUCUGCCGUUCAGCUUAUGUAGAAAACAGGUCCUGUAUUGAUGCACCAAUAAAUAGGGAAGCAUAUGAAUUUUGGAUAUUUUUUUAUCAAUUACACAAAAUAUCUCAGAGGUCCAACAAGACAGUAUGCAAUACGCUACAGAGUGAAAUAGUGGAAUAAAACAAAAAACAAAUUCACUGUAUCUGCAAUUGCCUUUUACAGGAACCCUUAUGAUCACUUAAUAUAAAAAGGUUUCUCUCUUUUUUACAUCUUCCAUGUCAUCUAAUUUGCUCUUCCACAUCCUUUUUAGGACCAUGAAAUGGCCCAAUUGUAAAAGAUAUAGAUAAUUAAAAACAAAUUAAUGCUUGACAUCAAAUAAACAAGUUGACAAAUAUUUGAUCUUCAGCCCUGAUCAUGCAAAACAGCUGGGGAUCAGAUAUAACCAGUCAUGUGAUAUGAGCAUGCUGCGAGAUGACUGGGCUUAAUAUUGCUUCGCUGUGUGUCUCUUCACAGAACACUUGCAUAAAUAAUACCUGUAAACAAAGAAAGCCAUAAAUAAAUUCAGUUGAGAAGCAAACGUGAUGAUUUAUUUAAUGGGUAAGCUUUUAAUUAAUUAAAGCCUUCAAAGUUAUGAAGUGAAUGGGCUUGGCGAGUAAUUAAUGCUACCUUAGUUUUAGCUACAUGUCUGAAACAUACAAGAAAAUGGAAACCUUAUUGAAAUCAUAUCAGAUUUAGUUACAAAUUAUCAGUUUUUUUUUUAUGUCAAUGACUUUCUCAAAGCCCAAUUAAGCAGAAGUCUGUGUGAAGCGUCGACAUCUUUAUGCAUUAGCUUAUUCCGAUGCUAAGUUGAUCUACUUGCUCAAGUGCUGCUGGGGAAACAAGCUAUGCUCGUCUCAUUACGGCUCAGACGGGCAUGUCCCUACGCGGAGAGAGCAGGGAUGUCUCCCGUGCUUGGUUUCUGCCUCGUACGACUCUCCUGUAAACCUAAAGCCUUGGUAUGAAUGCAUAUUGUCCAGUGAAAAUUAGACGGCAAAGUAAAAAAAGGUUUCCGAAAAUUGUUCAUGACACUCAGUCAAAGAUUCGCUGAAGGUGUCUGUAGUUUGUGUUUACCAGAGAGAAAGAAAUGUCUGUUUGCAGAGUCUGUUUGUAUUAUCACAUCCUUACAGAGGAAGACUUUUUUUCAGACAGAUUCAUAAUGAUCAGAGACAAGCUGUUUCUCUAUUUCCAGCCUUUGUGCAGACAUGAGGCAAUGCCUUUUCUUCCCAUCUGUCAAACUGUUAAACCAAACGUGUAUCAGAUGUAUCUUGCUUUUCUGAACUGAACUGAAAUGAAGAACUCACUUGGAAAUUCACACGGUAAAAAGAAUAUUUUGAGAAUAACCUGGUUAGAUUUCAACGACUGAAAAAUGUGUGAAAAUAAACAUUUUACGAUUUUGUUUGCAAACACCGUGGCAGUUCUAACAUGCUAAUAGACACAUAAUCAUUGUGUCUCGGGAUUAUGAGGACUGGUUUAAUAAGUAAGCACAGGGAUAAAAUGGGAUCCUUCUUUUUGUCUCUAAUUAGAGUUAUUCAAAGAUAAAGAGCAAUCAUUUCUAGUUUCACAUGUAUUCUACUUAAUUUGCCACUUAUUAAAAGUAUCUGGUGUUUAAGUACAUAUUAAGAAACUAUUGCACAGCAAGUCCCUCUGAAACAACUGUUUAGCAGGCUGACAGGUUAAAUUUAGCAUGAGCUUCAGAAAACAAGCAGGGGAUGGGACAUAACAUUUAUCUUUAUUUGCUUUGGUUUUAUGUGCCACAUUUGUGUGAUAAGACCGAAUAGAUCUACAUAGAGAUUUUUUAUGUGAGCUCAAAUGUAGACCCACUUAAAGAUGCCUCCUGAGACAGUUUUCAGAGUUUUUAAAUGUUUUGAUUCAAUCUAAACACAGAGUGUAUAAAUUGUGCGCACAAUUUUGUUGCUUAUUUGCAAAAAAUUGCUGACGUUGUUGAGUUUCUUUCAAUUAUACACUUGACUAGAUUUUGUUGUUGCCCUGAAUCCAUAAUUUAUCCGGUCUGCACAGUGAUAUAGCACAAAAUGGAAGAUAGGAGAAAGAAAAAAAAAUAUUUGUACGAUUCUGCAUUUCUUUAACCAUAAUACUGCAGGGUUUGAAGUGAUUGUGGCCGUGUACAGGCUGACAUCUGCAUACUGGCAGCUUAUACAAUAUUGAAAAAGAGCAUCCGUCCAUCCAUGUCAUGUAGCUCAUAAUCAUUUUUACCAUGUGUCAUCCUGCAGUUGCUGCUGAAAUUACUCUGAGGCAAUAACAAGGGAGGAGCAAAUUUCUUAAACUAUACAACAAUAAUCAAGAAAAACUGAAAACUACUGUUGCCAAUCAGUUACUGAACAGCUCUGUCUGGUUGUGGUUAUACACAAGAAAAUAUAAACAUAUUUGCGUUUUUGAAGGAUAUGGAUUUUUGUUGCAAGCAGAAAGAAAACAGUUAUUUUGUGCAAAUUGUGCAUGUUUCUUGAUAUCUGCUAUAAAAUCUGUUAGUGUUACAUUUUACGAACAAACCCAGAAACCUUUAAAACGUGUUAAAUGUUUAGUUCUAUGAAGACAAUAGUUUAUAUGAUACUGCAUUUUUACUUAAUUGUGCUUUUUAUCCUCAAAGUGACAAUGAAUCUGGGCAUCCUGUGCAUCAGUGGAAGAGCAGGUGCAUGGAGGCUAUUGUCCUUAACGCAGCCGCCCCAGGUUUAAUUCCCCAUCCGAGCCAUUAACUACUAGUCUUACCUUCUCUUUUUGCCCUUCUUCCUGGUAAAUAAAGAUAACUACCAGCACAACAUUUAAAAACAAGCAAAAACAUGAUUGACAACAUGUUUUAAAUCAGACAUUUUCCAGAUUAAGACACAUAAUGGAUGUUUCUCAGUUAGAAAUCAGGACUUUUAUUUUUCAGGUAAGACAUUAAAGUUCAACAUAUGCAAUGAGGAAAAUAUGGAAAAGUACUGUUUUAUAUUGUUCCAUUGCCUCACCGGGUGUUUUAGAUGAGAAGACAGAGACUUUUUUUAAGAACUUAUUUUUCAAAGAAAGCUUUGUUCUGAAGCGUAGCCGAACAAGAAUGCAACUAAAGACACAAAGCACUCCCCAAAAUGGAACAAGAGGGCCAUUUCCUUCUUGUUAUCGCCUGCUGCUUCAUGCUGUGUGGGUGUUCCUGCUGUUGUCCUCAUGAAGAUCAGUUAACAUACUCAGCUUUAUUUAUUUAUUUAUCUUGGAGAAUUUAAGGACCCGUUUAGCAAAGCAGUUAACAAAGCCAAUGUAAGUUGCGUCUUAGAUAAAAUGUCAUCAGUGUCAACUGGAGAGUCUUCAUCCUUUUGUCACUAAUAAAAAAAAAUGCUCACCUUUU